UUUAAGGCCUGGAUCUGAUGAGGUCUGGGACCCACCAAAGGGAAGCCCUGAUAUGGCCCUGCACGUGCAACUGACGUAUCAUACAAAUGAAUGAAUGAAUGCGGUGCUGCGUUCAGGUGCCUGAUGCGCAUGCAUCACCGUCAGGGCGGAGAGGACGCGCUCAGCAGACCGUCAGAUGCGGUUGGUUCGAGUCGGUUUAACAUGUCAGCCAUGAGCUACCGGCACCGGGCGCUGAUCCCCGUCCUCCUCAGCCUCCUGCUGCUGCCAGCUCCGGGACGCGACGUCGGAGUGUCCGUGGUGGCGGCGGAGUACUCCUCCAAAACGGACCUGGACUACGAGUUCGGGGACUACCGGGGGAAGUGGUGCAUCGACGACCACGGGUUUGUUUACGGCAUCGGAGAAGUUUAUUACCCGAGUCCGACGGCGUGCCCUUGCACGUGCACGGUGGACGGCCCCGUGUGCGUGCGACCCAAGUGUCCCCGGAUUCACCCCCGGUGCACGCGGAUCGGGUAUAAGGCAUGCUGUCCCGUGUGUGAGGCCAUGGCCCGGGUCUGCGUCUACGGAGGCAAAACGUACCGGCUCCUGGAGGAGUUCAGGCUGUCGAGGUGUGAGCGGUGUCGAUGCGAGGCCAACAGGGAAGUGUACUGCACCAUUUCAGACUGCCCCGCCCCCCACUGUGUCAACCCCACCUACGAACCCAACCACUGCUGCCCCAUCUGUAAGGCUGGUCCAAACUGCUUUGCUGGAAACAGGAUAAUCCCAGCGGGUGAACGUGUCAACAUCGAUGACUGGACAGUAUGCUACUGCACGUACCGGGAUGGAACAUGGCACACCCACCCCAUGGCCACCUGCGAACCGCAGCCCAAGCCCAGCCCACCACCCGGCGGCCGUACUGAACCCUCCCAAGAUGAGGACGCCAGCGGCAGAGGGGGAAGGGGGUAUUUUCCUAGACUAGAUGUGAUUCCAUGAGGUGGAGGGCAUCUGAGAGGUCUCAAAAGUCCAAAUACACUUACUUUUCAGUCAGUUUUCAGGGAUACAGAAUUUGGCUGGGACAGCUAGCUGCUAGCUUGGAGCACCGACUGCUAGUUUAGUUCAAAACC